AUGCCUACUCUUUUUGUGACAUCAAUACCAGUAGAAACAACAAUCCCGCCAACCGUACACACCGUAUUGAGAAACACGAACGGCAGCGAUGUCUUAAAGAUUCUAAACAACACUCGGAGAAUUGUGGUCGGUAGCGAAGCUGCGGACACUAUGCCUUUCAUGGUUUAUUUGAAAUUACCCACGAGCAACCCCAAAUACAAGGACUACCAGCGUUGGUUGUGUGGCGGAGUCAUCGUCCAUGAGGAGUACAUCCUCACGUCUGCAGCCUGUAUUGAAGAUGCCAAGAAUUUCUAUGUAGUGUCGGGGACGUACAGGCAUGAUCAACGCGACGACCGCUACAACAACCCAUGUAUAAAGUACGGAGCCAAGAAAGCAGUGUGGAAGUGUAUUCCGAGGAAUUACGUAUUCGACGGGCACGAGAAUGACAACAUCAGAUGGAUGAACAACGACAUUGCCAUCGUGAAGGUGGACGAAGAAUUCGAUUUCACCCGCAGAAUUCGGGGCUGUGACUUUAUUCCCCGCCCGAUCUGUUACAACAAUCAGAGCGCCAAGUUCGAGAAUCCUGGGAACUAUGCUAUUUUAGCCGGUUGGGGAAGUACUGCUAAAUACAAUGAUAUGUCCACUACUAAACAAGAUCUUCUAGUGACCUCCGCGCAGCUAAUACCAAAAAGUCGGUGCAAGAGACGCUGGGGCAAACGCUACCACAACAUUAUUGAGAACUACAUGAUUUGCACCAAGGAUCUCAGUCAAGAUGUCAGUCAGAUAUGUGCGGAAAAAUAUGUCGAUUGCACAGAUAUAAUGUACGACGAGGAUAUGGAUGAUGAAGAAGAAACGAGGAGAGGCCUGGAGCCAAGCCAGCUUAAGCUGCAUUCAGCCUACCAUAAUGAGUCCGGUAGAAGGCAGCAAAUGUCUAGUGGUGGAUUUUGUGAAAAUGACCACGGUGGCCCGUUGAUCUACGGCGAAGGCAGCAAUCAGAUUGUGAUCGGUGUGAUAUCAGCCUGCCUUGUCAGGGAGAGAACAAACAUGUGCCACGGACCCUUCUUGUACACGAGCAUCUAUAAGAACAGGGUGCUUAUCAACUGCGCCAUUUAUAAGAACGUCCCAGACAAUUGCAAUAAGCUGUUUAGAGCUAGCGAAACUCACAUAGAAGUCGAAAUGAGUUGGGCAGAUCAUCCAGACGGGCCAGCGAAAAAUGAAAUAAAGAAGAUGAGGCGACAAGUAGGAGAAGUGAAAACCAAUGCCACCUUGACAACAGACAAAGUGGAACAACAUGGAGGAGUGGUGAUACGGUCUAGAGAUGUAAAUGGAAGUAUAACCGCAACACACUCUACUGCUUCAUAUGAUAAUACUACAAUUACUACAGAAUUUCAUUUGACAGAAGUAGUUAAAGUAUAA